AUGAAUGAGACCCAAGGGCCACUAGAUACGUUACCUGAGCAAAACUAUCCACCUUUGAUUACUCGUAGCAAUUACUGGGGGACAAAAGAACUGAUCAACCAAGUCAUCAGUGAAGAUCAAGAAUAUGUAAGUUGGAAGCUCAAAGAUGUACGAACGGGGGGAACAAUGGUUGCAUACGUGAAUGAAUUCAGAAGCAAGAAUUUCCAUGGGACUGGUGGUCUUUCAGGAAGCUCGAAAAGGACAAACAAUAAUGCUGGAAGGAUAAAAAAGGCAUCGCAUGUUAAUUCUAUACCUAAGAACCUCCAGUUUCCUCGAGAGAUACAUGACGAACAGAUUGCUAGCUUACCACAGCCCAAAGAAUUGGAACAAUCUGAGCAACUGAAUCUACUCUUAACAAAUUUGGACGAAGAACAAAUGAACAGGUUUGAAGUGUUUCGGAGAACAUCUCUGGCCAAAAACAAUAUCAAGAAAAUUUCAAGCAUUGUCACCAAUCAAACAGUAGCUGCAAAUAUCAACCUACUGCUAGCCGGUGUGGGCAAAAUCUUUGUGGGCGAAAUAGUGGAAAAGGCUCAAGAGGUCAAAAAGCGAAGUUUAGUGAUACUUAUGGCCUCAGUAUUCAGGAAUAAAAAACUUGCAGCGCACAAGCUGAAAAAGACCUUCAAGAAGCUCACAUUGAUGGUGGAGACUUCUGAAAUGUCCCUGGAUGAUAGUGUCGAUGAAAACGAGACGGAUGACUACGAGGACGAAAGUGACGAGAAGCUUACGAAGGAGACCAACACAUUCAAUGAGAUUAUAAGGUCACAAGUCAAUUCCGAGGAGAAUAGAGUUACGCUCAUCAAAUAUUACAACAGAUUGGUGCGCUCUUUCAACAGUUUGGACGUGAGUGUUGAGAAAUAUACAAAUAGUCCAAUAUUACCGGAGCAUAUACGGGAAGCAUGGAGGCUGUAUCGAGCGGAGAACGACACAGUGCCACAGGCUACUUGGCGAACGCAGGGUGAAGGAAAUGGGUGGUUUUUUAGGUGA